AUGCUUCGAGUUCGGCGAGGACUGGGCUCUCCAGCCAGCUUUGCGAGCAUCUAUCGACCGUAUGUACGAUAUCCCCGACAAUGUACACUCGUCCGAUCGUUUACGACAGACCCCAACCUGGACAAUGCCUCUGAACCACCUACAGACUCCAAGUCUCACACUGAGAACAUUCCGAACCCUCUCGAUUCUACCCCAGAUAUAUUGCAGGAACUUGCGAGCAGAGCACACUUGAAGGAGGCCCAGGACGUAAAAGAGCAAGAGGAAGCUGUCAACCAUGGGGGUGUCAGUAAUGACGCCAACUUCAAUGAAGCACUAAAUGUGGUCCGAAGAGUUUAUGGUGUCGACCACAAGGAAAAGAAAAAGAAAAGGACAACUAAAUCUCAGCCCCAGACUGGAGAAUCAAAUGAUGCACAAGAAAUAAUCCGCGAAGACGAUAUGGUUGAAACAGAUUCAUUAGCAGGAACUCAACAAACUGCAGUAUGGACUUCUCUACGCGAGAAGCUACAACAGAAGAUAUCCCCAGCAUCCUCAUACACGUUUAAAUCCACACAUGCCGAUUCCGCCGCAUUCGUCACCGAUCAGGAUGGCGCCGUUCUGCCCCGCAGCCUGGACACAGAGAAGCAUGCCGUAGCAGAAGAACAACAACUCUUGAACGAAUUAAAGGCGAAAGCUGGAAGCGUGAAAAAACGCAAUGUCAAGUCGAAACCCGGAAUAGAGAAACUCGUCCCCAAGAAUAUGACGCUAAAACCAGUCGAAAAGACAAAGGCAAAAGACGUUCCCCAACUGGCCUAUAACCUGGAGAAGGUUCUAUUCAACUCUGGACCUUACCAGCUCCAGGAUAGGCGCACCCAGGUCUACAACUUUGACCCUUACCUGGGCACAAUUAUGCCAGUCAAGGAGUUCGACUUCAACGCCUUGAAGGAAUAUGUGACUUCGUCCAAGGAUGAAACCUUGACAAAGCUGUCUGCGAAGCACGGCAAGAAGUACUGCGGUUCAACUUCAAGUAUGACAUCCAUGCUUGCACACUUCCACUUCCUCUUGUCAGACUGGAGAAAACCAAACUUUGAGCAGUUGUCAAAAUCUUUCAGAAUUGAAUUUGAGUCGUUCACUAUGCUGACCCGAGCACCUGUGGCUGCAUUCGCCCGCUACAAGGACGGUGUGUAUGCUAUCGACGCCGACAAGGAGUUUGAUACUGCGAAUAUUCUUAGCAUGCUGGGGAAAUCCAUGGAGAAGCUCCUGACUUUGCCAAAGGACCAUUUUGAAAAGUACAGAAGAUCGCGCUCCCACGAGCUCUCGGACGAAGAGAAAAAUGCCGAUGAAGCUUUCCAUUACACCACAUUGGGCGAUUUCAUGAUGCGUUCACAGCUCGAUGCCCGUGAUUCGAGACUACCCGGCACUGGUGUCUUUGAUCUCAAAACACGCGCCGUCGUUACAAUCCGAAUGGACGUAGGCGAUUACGAAAAGGGCGUUGGUUACGAGAUUGAUUCCCGGUUGGGUCAAUGGAAUUCAUUCGAGCGCGAAUACUAUGAUAUGAUACGAGCGGCGUUUCUUAAGUAUUCCUUGCAAGUAAGAAUGGGACGAAUGGACGGCAUCUUUGUUGCUUUCCAUAACACGGAACGGAUUUUCGGGUUUCAGUACAUCAGCCUUGAGGAGAUGGAUCAAGCUAUCCAUGGAACAUUGAAUCGCAAGGUCGGCGACGAAGAGUUCAAAGCAAGUAUCGGCCUCCUGAAUGGGCUUUUGGACAGAGCUUCGAAAAAAUUCCCUAAGCAAUCGCUCCGGCUCCAUGUUGAAACACGACCGUUAGACCCCGCCGUGCUGUACUUUGUGGCUGAACCUGUCAGUGACGAGGAAAUGCAAAAGACUCAAGACAAGGGCAGAGCAGCUGUGGAACGAUUUGAAAAACAAGUUCUUGGCAUAUCGCGCGACAGCAGUCAGGACGAAGAGCCGAACCUGCAAGAGAAUACUGCUUCCACUGAAGAGGAGGAAAGAAUGUCGAGAGACAUUCCAAAGCCAGCACCCGUCGAUAUCCUUGAAAGGCAAAAGUCCUGGGACGAGAUGAUGGCCAAGGUAGACCAGUUCGUGGAGAACGAUGCUGCCGGGCUGGCUAAUGUCAGAGAGGCUAUUGAGCAGGCCCUGGAACAAAGCGGCUUGCUUGCAGGGAAGCCCGAGGAGGAGAAGCAGGUUUAUGUCAACGAACUUGUGGAAGCUUUGACCGAGGAUUUGGGUGACGGCAAGGAAGGAGCUAACGAAUCCCAAGACACUCUUGAUACUCCGGCAGUAGAUGAUCUACAGCAAGCCACUGAGCCUUCUCUUGAAGGCAGCGAAGGCUACACCCAGGUCGAGUCAAGCUCUGAAACGGAAACUCUGUUGGGGCAGCUGGACGAGGCAUCUCAGGGUGCUAGUUUUGACUUUAAUCUUGAGUCUCAGAACGUCGAGUCUGUCGAGGACCAUGAGAUUGUGGUGGACGGCAUUGCUGGGGAAGACGAUGCGUCUGCCCAGACAGCUGACGAAGUCGUUGAGGGCAACGCCGAGCCAGCGACCAAUGCUGUUCCACAGGAUUCUUCUUCCCUCAAGGAUCUCAUCCUUAAGGUUGCUGAGGGUGUCGAGAUGAACACGAGCAGCUUGAGGACUUUUGAGCAAAUUCUGUCAGGGCUAGUACGAGAUCAGAAGCAGCUGAACGACGAGGUGGACGAAGAAAACUUGGCCGGGAUAGAUGACCCCCUAGUGACCACGGACGAUUCCCCUGAAGCAAGCCAGUCACUACCCACAGGAGAAGCAACCCCUGAUCAAAAUGCGCCUGGAAAUUCUCAAAAGGAAGUGCUGGGCAUGUACGUCACAGUCCGCAACAAGGUCGACGACCUGAUUGUGAAACGUGUCGAACGCCGGGCCCUUGGAGAUGUGCCCGACUGGACGGUAGAAUACACAAUCACGGAGUUUCCAUCAGACCGGGCGCGAAGGAUCUUGGCCCAGAUGAAGGGCCGCAGAAAGAAGCUGAUGGGUUUGGACCAGGAAACGCGUUCCAGGCAAUGGUUCAAGAUGUGGAAUGGACAACUACAGGAACGUACUAAAGCUGGAAGGAGAGCCAGGCGUAUGAUGACAGAGAGAGAGGAGCAACGAGGGACUAAAGUUGCGUGGGCCGACGAGCCAGCCAUGAAAAAAAGGGUUAGCAAGAAGGCGCUGUCAAAGAAGAUCACCGAGCCCAAGAAGAAGACCACCGAGCCCAAGAAGAAGGCCGAGCCCAAGAAGAAGGCCGCAUCCAAGAAAACGAAAUCGUCCAAGAAAGACGAGAGCGGGACGGAUUGA